AUGUACGUGGGCACUGAUGUUGCGGGGUGCACGGGCACGGAUGUGCACAGGGCACAUUAUGCAUGGGGUGCAUGGGCGGCACUGAGAGAAGUGCAAGAAUUCUGUGAGAGUCACUGCUGGCUGGCUGAAAUUCACCAGUUCACAUGCCUGUGGAGCCCUGACAGUUUGGAUGCUAUGCAAGGCUGGACGGCUAACCAGUACGAUGACUGUAUCAUGCAGAUCAAAGCUUGGACUGAGAAACUGAUGAAUGUGGAGCAAAGUUUUACCACCAGUAACAAACUCCUCACCGUAGAUUGUGCAGUCCUACAUGAGGAAAUAGUUCAUGAGCUGGACUCCAUUAACACGGACAUCUUAAGAUUUCUGACCUCUGAGGUGGAGCAGCGAGCAGAGAGCUGGAUAUUGGAGCUGAAGAGAGCAAUUGAGUCACUGAGCAUUACAACUUCUGACAUUGAGGCUUUCGGCCACUAUACAAACAUGGUGGAGCAUUACCAAAACAUGACCGCAGACCUUCACCAGCAGCUUGAAUAUGUGCGUUCCCUGCAUGAGAGAAUUCGGAAGAACUACAGACAGCUCAGUGGAGAAGAUGAAGCUAUGGAGGAACAGAUGUUGGACCUGUGGGACAAUUUUGUGCCCCUUCUGCGAGUGGCAACAGAGACUGUCAGCUCACAGCUCCCCUCAAAGGUGGAUGCUGUGGAUGCCACCUUCAACACACUUUCCCAGGAACUACAGGACGUGGUCUUCCUAGCAACCUCAGGGAAGUUCCUGGACGUAUCUCAGAGUUCUGCAGAGAUGCUGGGGGAGCUGCAGGCGAUGAGUCGACAGUUUCACUCUUUGGCUGGGCAGCUAUACGGACUGAACAGGACCAAACAGAGUUUAAAAGGAAAGCCCCUUGAUUUGUCCUUCAUCCCAUCAGCAGGACGGAAGCUGGACACAAGGAAAGCCGUUUGGGAACUCCUCCACAUCUCCAAACAGAAGAUAAACGAUUGGAAACAGCUCCCCUUUCACAAGGCAUUUAUUGUCACGAUUAACUUCUAG